AUGUCGAGAUCUCCGCCAGAGACCAAUGGUGUUUCGGUGCGCAAUUCUGCUGAAACCAAAUAUUCGUCCAAUCCAAAACUCUUCCUUGCUGCCACUCUUGCCUUGGUCGCCUUCGUUGCGGCUGACGUCAGCCAUUUGUCGAGGUCAUACUUGCCACCAACUGCCAACUACGGUGGUCCUUCCUUAGGUGGUAGUGGCGGCGGAGCAUAUUCCUCAGGCGGUUCGGCAGGUGGCUCACACUCCUCAAGUGGGGCUGUUGGUGGCUCAUACUCUUCUGGUGGCUCAGGAGUUGGUUCUUACUCAUCAGGUGGUGGUGGCUCCUCUUAUUCUGCUCCAUCUAACGAAUACUUGCCACCUUCACAAAGCUACUCAGCACCCGCAACAGUAUACUCCACCCCUGCACCAGCCCCAGCCCUAGCUUCAGCGCCAGUAUACUCUGCACCAGCUCCAACGCCAGUCUAUUCUGAACCAGCGCCUGCUUCAGCACCUGCCUCUUCUGCACCAGUCCCAGUCCCAGCCCCAGCUUCAGCGCCAGUAUACUCUGCACCAGCUUCAGUUCCAAUAUAUUCUGCAGCCGGUCCAGUGGCCGCAUACUCGGCUUCAUCACAGGUUUCAGUUGGUAAUAAUGGUGGUUAUUCUUACUCAAACGGCGGCUCAGCUAGUGUGUCUGGCGGUUCUUCUGAACACUCCACCCCAGCUCCAGGUUUAGUAUAUUCUGCGCCAGUACCUGCUUCAAAUCCAGUACACUCUGCGCCUGCUCCGUCUCCAGUAUAUUCUGCACCAGCCCCUGGGCCUGUUUCUUCAAGUCCAUCAUAUUCUUCAGGCGGAAAUGGUGGUGGUUAUUCAUACCCAAGCAGCGUCUCAGUUACUGUGUCUGGCGGUUCUUCAGAAUACUCCGCCCCAUCUCCUGGCUCAGUAUACUCUAUUCCAGUACCCGCUCCAGCUCCAGUACACUCUGCGCCUGCUCCGUCUCCAGUAUAUUCUGCACCAGUUUCUUCAAGCGGUAAUGAUGGUGGCUACUCUUACUCAAGCGGUAGUUCAGCUGGUGUCUCGGGCGGUUCUUCUAGCUACACUGCCCCCGCUCCUGCUCCAGCCCCAGCGUACUUUACUCCCGCCUCAACUCCCGUACCAGCUCCGGUUUACUCGGCCCCAUCCCAAUCCUCCGGCGGGAGUGAUGGCGGUUACUCAUACUCCAGCGGUGAUUCAGCUGGUAGCUCUGCUGGUAUUUAUUCUAGUGGUGGCUCUUCUGGAUACUCUGCUCCUAGCUAUUCAUCAGGUGGUUACUCAUACUCGUCAGGUAGUUCGUCCGACUCGUCGAGCGGCUCAUCAUACUCUGGUAACAAUGUUGGUACUCAGUAA